AUCUGGGGAGAGCCAUUGUAAUUCUACAUUUACAACAUGGAAGCAUAACAGCUCUUUAUACUCUGAAUGAAUGCAGUGUCAUCAGUGAGAACAGACCAGCUCAGUGAUAUUGGUUCCGGCAGUUUUGGGCAGACUCCUCCUCCUGGAUCUGUGAGACGCAACAGAGGGCUCUUUAUGGUGUUGGAUUUCAUGACUGGAAAGUGGCCUGGUGCUUGGCACAUGAGCUGUCUUAGCUGCAGUAAGAACAAAACAGCUUCACCGCAGGAAGGAGAGCAGUGGCAGAAUCAAGUGAAUACUUGUAAUGUCUGCUUUCCACUUCGCACUGAGCUAGAAAGACAUGCGUUCAGAAACUGAAGGAAACUUGUCAGAAUGCAGCACCACAGAACUCCUUGUUUCAUUUUGACCAUCCUGCUCUACUUGAAGUGCACUGUGACAGUGAUACACCGGAGGCAGUGUCAGGGAGCAAGCCUGUAAACCAAGAAGGGCCAUGGGCUUGAGCUAUGCCAGCCUUCAUGUCUCCUACAAGCUCAAGCUGCUGAUGCUCUUCACCUUGUGUGUCUUACUGGUGGGCUGGGCCACCUCCACUUACCUGGAGGGUGCUCUGCAUGAAGCUCCAAGGGCGAAAAAUAUGGUGGGAAGUUUCAGGAAGCCAACCACUAUCACAGAGGAGCGAAAGGAAGAUCCAAAGAGGAAUGCCAUGCCUACUGUGAAACUGCCUACUGUGACAUCCCCUUGCCCAUCUGUGUCUCCCUAUCUGCGGGGACCUAGCAAGCUUACAUUUAAAGCCUCCAUGACCCUGGAGGAAGUGCAGAGAGAGAAUCCGCAGGUGGUGAAAGGACGUUAUCACCCCAAAGACUGCUCAGCUCAGCAGCGAGUGGCUAUACUGAUCCCACACCGCAAUCGAGAGAAGCACCUGUUGUAUCUGCUGGAGUACCUUCACCCAUUUUUGCAGAGGCAGCAGCUGGAUUAUGGCAUUUAUGUUGUCCACCAGAAGCUGGAAGCAGACCGGAUGAAUUUAACAGAGCAGGCUGGCAAUGUCAAGUUUAACAGAGCAAAACUGCUGAAUGUGGGAUACUUGGAAGCCCUGAAGGAAGAGAACUGGGAUUGUUUCAUAUUCCAUGAUGUGGACCUGGUCCCAGAGAAUGACUUCAACAUUUAUAUGUGCGGCAGUCAGCCAAAGCAUUUGGUAGUAGGCAGAAACAGCACAGGCUACAGGUUGCGUUACCAAGGAUACUUUGGGGGUGUAACUGCUCUAACAAGGGAGCAAUUUUCAAAGGUGAAUGGAUUUUCUAACAACUACUGGGGCUGGGGAGGAGAGGACGAUGACCUCCGGAUCAGGGUUGAAUUGCAGAAGAUGAAGGUGAUCAGGCCUUCCCCCAGUGUAGCCAAGUAUACUAUGAUCUUCCAUACAAGAGACCGAGGCAAUGAGGCAAAUGGACAGAGGAUGAAUCUCCUACGUCAGGUAUCUCGAGUAUGGAAAACAGAUGGGCUAAAUUCCUGCUCCUAUAAGCUGCUCUCAGUGGAAUAUAACCGUUUGUACACCAACAUUACAGUGGAUGUUGGACAGUCAACCAAGAUUUCAUAACCAACUGUUUUGUGCCUAAUGAAUUUUGUCACAAAGAACUGCCCGUAUCAAGAGUUGCUGCAGUUGAACACCCAGCGUUGUUGGUUACUUCCCAGCAGCAAGUUCAUUUAGGGGAAAUAAUGUGUUUUUUCAUCUCCAGUAGUUUGCUAAGUAUUUUUUUGUGGACUUCAGGACCAUUGAGGUUUACUUAGAAAGCAUUUCUGUUGCUUUUUUUCCCUUGUUAAACAAAUUGAUCUUAUCCUCUGGUGAUAAAGUUCCAUCAUCUGAAAGUUAUCACUUUUCAUAGUUGAGGCUUGAAUAUCCAUUUUGAUGUGGGAAGAGGGUUAUAAAAACAAUACUGCCAUUUUCAGAGGUGCAAAAUUAAGGGCUUUUUCAUCCAAUUGACUUUUUAAAUAGGAUACUCAUGUUGAUAUUGGCUGUUUUUUCUCAAGCCAAUCAAUCAAGUGUUCAUCAUAAUCAUUUUCUAAGCAGAUGAUAUAUAAUGCCAUCAUGUAAGAAGAGCCACAGUGAGAAUGGGACACUUAAGAACUUGCUCAAUAAAACAUAACAGAUUUUGUUGAAAAGCA